AUGCUGCUGCUGGGGGUGCACGUGUUGCUCGUGGUGGGCGGCUUCCUGCUGCUGUCGGUGAUCCCCGCGAGAUUCUCGUCGAACGAGAAGCGCGAGGCGCCGUUCGUGCUCUGGUUCGGCUCGCCGAAGGGAAAAGAGGGCGGGGUGAAGGUCGUCGACGACCCAGUCAAGGACAAGGGGGAGAAAGAUCAGCACAGCCUGCUGCAGCGAGUGUCAGCGUGGCUGGAGCACACCCUGGCUGGGCUGUUUGCACCGCCCCCAGCUCGAGAUAUCGACGCUCGAUAUCGGUUCCACGUCGACAUGACGCAGCAACUCGCGGCGGCGAGUGCCAAGACCUAUGAGAGCAUUGCCGUGUCGACGGAAGACCUCGAGCCUCCUCUAUAUCAAACGGAAGAAGGGCUGUCAGAGGGUAAAGAGCAACCGCGACGACACCUCCCGAGACAGCCGAGUCGCUCCAGCAUCUUCGCUGGCCCUCCUCCAUCACCGCCAGCGGGCGCACGACUGUGGCGACAAGGCAGCACCAGACUCAGUGAAGCAAGCACUGGCAGGGCAGAGGCUGUUAGCCUGCGUACAUCGCGCGCUGGCUCGGGCUUGGUACCUGGUAGGGUGGUGACCAAGGACGACUUUAUUCGCGCUGCGUCUCGCCGAAAGGCGAUGGAAGUGAAAGCUGAAAAGCGCGAGGCCUUGGCGCAGGAGGACGUGAGCUACGAGAACCUCGGAGACGACGAGAUCCGCAUGUACGAGUACCUCGAGUUCGUCCGCGAACUUCUGGAUGGACUUGGUAUCAAGAAAAUCUGUCAAAAGAGCGGACGCGUCGUAUCGAGAACGCUUUACAUUACACCGGACAUGACGGUGGUGUUCUGGAACGCAGCCGGCACCUUCAAGCGGCUCACUACGAAGAGUAGCAUCCACGUGGAGAACAUCCAGGAGGUGUUGCAAGGGAUCCACGGAAGUCGCAGCGUCACUGCCAAGUCGACACCCGAACGCGAUGCACUUUGUGUGUCCAUUCGAUGCCGUGACGACAAGUGGCUGGUCCUCGAGGCGAAGUCCGAGGCAAUGAGGCAACGUGUCUUCCUUGGGUUUUCGCAUCUCGGCCAGGAAAAGGAGGAACAGGACGCUGCUGCUGCAGCAGCCGCCGCACCGGCUGAGCCGACACUGCCUGAACAAGGGGCUGAAAGCCACACGCACGUGCUAUCUACAGCGUACGAAGCCGAGGUUUCAAUCGAAAGAGGGGUGGAGCAAGGAGGAGGCGAGCAGGACAUUUACGAGGAAAAGGCUCAUCCUCCCCCACUUCCGUCGGAAGAGGCGCUUCUCAAGACAGAGCUUCUAUCGAUCCGAGCAAGUUACGAGAACCAAAUAAGUGGUGGUGACCAAGAGGAAGCUGCUCAAGACCAGGUGCAGGAUGCAAGCAACUUGCUGGACGACGUUGGAGCAGCAGAGGACAAGCAGCCAUUCCAAGGAGAAGAACAGGAAGAGGAGAAAGAAGCUCAAGAGGGAGAGGAACAUCACGAGGAGGAGAGACCAUUGCCUGCAGACGACGAGGUGGAUAUUGACAACCUUAGCGACGACCCUGAACUGAGUCGAGAGUAG